AUGAUUAGAUAACAGUAACUAGGAUUAUAGUGCAAAAGACAUUCUUAAAAUGAUAUCCUGUAUGUAAAGGUAAAUAAUAUUAAAGAUGGCGAAGAUAUUUUCUUUUGCGAAGAAUGCCCAUUUACACAAUCAAAUUUUUGCAUAGAAGAUUGUGCAAUGAUAAAAUAAAUUUUUACUUGGAAUCAUGAUAGUAUUAUUAAGAAUUUCUUUCCUUUUAUUAAUGAAGCCAGUUUUUUUAAAAAAUUUAAAAAUGUUUUCAACUAAAAUAAUUCUAUGCUAAACUAAAUUAACCUAUUCUAUGAAGAAUUGGAAAAAAGAUUGAUACAAAUAGUAGCAAAUGCUAAAAAAUCAGCCUAUAAUUUGGCUGAAUAGAUGUAAAAUUUAUCAACAAAUGCAGUAGAGGUCUACAGCUAGAUUCUUAAAAUUUCAGAAAUAAAAAAUAUGCUAUCUGAUUUGAAUAUUAAUUAAGAUCAAAAAGAAUCAAAUUUGAGAAGCUUAUUUCAGUAAAUAAUUUUAGACGCUCAAUAAAAUACUUAAAAAUUCUCAAAUAUAUUAGACAAAUAUCAAUAAUUAUAAACUGAUUUUUAUCUUACCCAAUCUUCUCUUUUAAAUAGUUAGUUAAUUAAUGUGAUUAAUUAAAAUGAAUAUACUAACAAAUUUUAGCUAUUGUUCCCUCCUAAAAUAAUUGAUUUGCUUGAUUAAUUAGAAUUUGAUAAUAUCACAUCUAUUAACGAUAACUAAUAAAUUGGAAGAUUAGAUAUUAUUAAAAAUAAUAAUCAAGUUAAUCGAGUUGUAAAAGGAGAUAAUAAAUAUAUUCAAUUUGUAAUGCCAAAAGAACAAAACUUUACUCAAUUUUGCUCAAAAACUACACUUAAUAAAAGUAGUGAAUAUUCUUUGAAAUUUAAAAUAAAAGACUUUAAAAACUGUAUAAAAAAAUUGUUUUCAAUUGAAUUGUUUAGCUACAAAAAUCCACAUAAUUCAUUUGUUUUAAACUGCAAUUUAGAUAAUUAGGAAGAAAAUGAAUUUAACUCUAAUAAUAAAAUUGAUAUGAAGUUAAAUUAAAGAUUUUCAGAAGAGCAACUAGAUAAAUUUGAACUGAAACCUUAGCCAAAAGAUAAUAACGAUAGUGAUUCAAUUUUAAAAUCAAUAAGAAUGUAAAAUUAAUAUUUAAAUUAAGAAAAUAAUUAAAAUUAUAUGAACAAAGCCUUAAUAAGGUAAAAUAAUCCAAUAUAAAUUAAUUAGACCAUAUUGAAUACAUUAAAUAAUGAAAUACUUGAUUAUAAAUCUAAAUUAAAGAGCUAAGUUUUUAUUGAAUAAAGUUAAAUAUCUUCAAUAGAGCCUAACAAUAAUACAAAUCUAAAUUGUAUUUUUUUCGAAUAAAAUCCCUUAAACAGUAUGAACCAAGCAUCUAUCAAAGUUAUUCCAUAGAAAAUUAAUUAAGCUGUAAAGAAUGCAUAAAUGAGUAAGAGAAUAGAUCCUUAAUCUAACUCAAAUAACAAAAUGCUUAUGGAACAAUAUUCUUUAUAUGUAGAAGAACUUGAAUCUUUUAAUAAUAAUGUAAUGGAUUAUAGCAUGUAUGAUGAAAGUUUUUAAAAUUGUAUGACCCAAUCAUCAAUAAAGAUUAUUCCAUAAUUAAUUAAUUAGGAAUAAUAAAUUAAUAACUAAAAAAAUUACUAACAUGAUAGUUAAAUGCUUUAUGAAUCAUACAUAUCCUAUUUUAUUAAUGAUGACGAUAAUGAUGCCAACAUGGCUUAAAAUAGUUAAUAAUAAAAAGAAAUUGAAAUCUAAGUUUUAAUCUAGAUUAGUGAAGGAAUAUUUUAAGCAACUUAUUUUACAAACUAGAAUAAUUUAUUGACUCUAUCAAAAUAAGAAUAAAGAGAUUUAAUUAAUAGCUAAGAUCUCUAAAUAAAAAUAUCUUUUAACGGAGAUAAGGACUCAGAGCUAAUUCUUACUGAAGCUGUAGAAAAAAUUAUUUGA